AAAUUGAUGCUGAGAAUGCUGUAAUGUUCUAAUUUGGAAACCCUGAUUUUGGGACCUUGUGACAAACCGAAACUAAGAAUUACUCACCGCCACUUCCUCCAACCCAGAUUGCUGCUCUGCACUUACUGCAUUGUUGAUGGCUUGGUCCACUAUUAUCAAGUGUCAAGAUGUGACUUCAUCUAUGCCUUAAUCUAGAUGUCGCCCUUUAUGAUUGAUGUUGCCAUCAUUUACUUUUACUGAAGAAGAGCGAGCCAUUGCCAAUGUAAAGCGACUAUUUCACAUGAUGGUAUUGCUUUUGGCAUUUCAGAAUGCCCAUCACUCAGGAGAAUGCCGUGCUUCACCUGUCUCUUCUACGCCAAUGGCUUCAGGACAACCCACGGGUGGACACCGGCGAACCCGACGCGGCCUUGUAUCUAUCUGCUGUUCAGAAACUCAAGGAGUACAUCCAGCUAAAUUUCUCUUUGGAAGAAAUGGAACCGAGCUGCCACCAGGUUGUCCUAGACAUGGAAAUCUGCACAGUGUACCUCACCAGGAAUGGCGACGAUGACCUGAUUCUAGGUCUGAAUUUUGGAAAUAUUCCCAUUUUUGGGCAUUGUGGUGAAAAACGCCGCGGGGGUAAAAAGAGGAAGGUACAAAAUGGGCCUGUGCUUGAUGUUGGAUGUAUAUGGAUAACGGAUUUGAAGAAGCAGAGUCCAGCGGCUAAGUCCGGCAAGAUAAAACUGCGAGAUGAGGUCCUGUCGAUGAAUGGACAACUGAUGGUUGGCGUAGAUGUUUCUGGUGCCAGUUACCUGGCUGAGCAGUGCUGGAAUGGCGGAUUCAUCUACCUGAUCAUGUUGCGCCGCAUCAAACGCAAAGCUCCUCUUCCACCUUCCAAUGGCGGCCGCAGCAGCUCUUGUGAACCCAAAGCAACCAGUUCUACCUCACAGCCCAGCACCAGGGCGGCACAGAGCGGGAAGAGGACUCGGAAGUUUGGCGUCAUCUCCAGGACGGUGGGCAAAGACAGCAAGGAGAAUAAGGGGGAGAAGGGCUCUGCUCAUGAGAGCCGCCAGUGCUCGCCCAUGGAGGUGGACGGAGGGCACACUAGUGAUGAGGCUUCUGGAGAGGACGGUCGCUUGGGACAAGAUUCACACAGCAGUUAUGAUGAGGAGAGGUGCGAAUAUCAUGUGUCAAAGGCUGCAAGGACUGCGGCUAAAUCGGUGGACUCCUCCGUGCAGUGUGACGGAUGCUGUAUCUGGAAGAUGCAUAUGCAAAAGGGAGCAGAUGGGCUCGGGAUUCAGAUUACUGGAGGCCGAGGUUCGAAAAGGUCUCCUCAUGGAAUUGUUGUUGCCCACGUGGAAGAAGGAGGCUCAGCAGACAGGGAUGGUAGGCUAAAAGCUGGUGAUGAGCUUCUCAUGAUCAAUGGCCAGUCACUAGUUGGGCUUUCUCAUCAAGAAGCUGUUGGCAUACUGCGGGCUACAAGUGGACUGGUACAGUUGGUGGUGGCCAGCAGGGAUGGAACAGAGGUGGAUUUCUGCAAAUACCCGUCCACGAGCCUGCCGGACCUCGUCAGUGCGUGCUCUGCCCAGGACAAUCACACAGACAAUAAGGAGAAUGUGGAACCCGAUGGAAAAGAGGAAAAGGGAGGAACCAGUCAAUCCGAGUCGCUGGCUGUGACAAAAACGGACAACUUUCAAGAGAAAAUUUCGACAGAUGAGUCCAAAAAUGCUUGUCGGAGUCCAACAUUGGGCAACAGUCUUCUAAAGUACAGGAGCCGAUCACAAGGAAGUGGCAGCCGGCUGGAAUCAGUGGGUGAGGACGAUGAGCUGGCCGUGGCCAAUGGAGAGGCGUAUAUUGAGCGAGGUGACAAAAUGCCACAUGGUGGACGGAAACACUCACUUCCACAACAGCUGGAUUCCUCAGCUCGGCAGGAAUACGCCAUUGUAAAGAAAACAGCCAGAUCUUUAAGCACAGUGCAGGUGGAAUCACCUUGGAGGCUCGCUCAGCCCUCAAUCAUCUCAAAUAUUGUCUUGAUGAAAGGCCAAGGAAAGGGACUUGGGUUUAGCAUCGUUGGAGGUCAGGAUUCUGCCAGAGGGAGAAUGGGAAUCUUCGUGAAGACAAUUUUCUCAAAUGGAGCAGCAGCGGCCGAUGGGAGGCUAAAAGAAGGAGAUGAACUUCUGGAAGUCAAUGGAGAAUCGUUACAGGGACUGACCCACCAGGAGGCCAUUCAUACAUUUAAGCAACUCAGGAAAGGAGUGGUGACUUUAACCGUACGGACGCGACUGCGCAGUCCAAGCCUCACACCGUGUCCUACUCCGACUUUACUCAGCCGCUCCAGCUCCCCAAACUCCAGCAUGAGCUUUGGGCCAUCCUUCCAUGGCUCGGAGGAUGGCGAUUCCUCUCCCCGCAAAGGACCAGGACCUAAGGACAGAGUCGUAAUGGAAGUCUCUCUUAACAAAGAACCUGGUGUUGGUCUUGGCAUUGGAGUAUGCUGCCUUGCUCUAGAAAACAACUCUCCCGCCAUUUACAUCCACAGCUUAGCUCCAGGAUCUGUCGCCAAGAUGGAUGGAAGACUAAGCCGUGGUGAUCAGAUCCUGGAAGCUGACUCCGUGAGUCUCCGCCAUGCCGCAUUAAGCGAGGCGUACGCCAUUUUAAGCGAGUGUGGACCAGGACCUGUGAGCUUAAUAAUCAGCCGACAUCCAAACCCAAAGAUGUCAGAGCAAGAAAUGGAUGAGGUUAUCUCUCGUACUACCCAUCGUGAGAGCAAGGACUCUUCCCACAGUCCCGGUCUGCAUUUAAAAAGCCCAUCUCCAAAUGUGAAACCGAAACAAAUAGAUGCAUCGGCACCACUUAGCUGGACUAUGAAACGUUUCCUGGAACCUGCAAGCCGAGGUUCGGUGAGUUCAGAAGUAGAGCUGUCGCAAUACUUCUCCCAGGAUACCCCCAGCCAGUCUUCCCUUUCUGACACCGCCGUGACUGGCUCAAGUGACGAGGAGCAGCUGCGUUUGAGAAGCGCCAGUAGCUCUAUGGAGGAAAACACUGUUCCUUUCAAUGCUGCCAAAAACGGGGCUACAAAAGGACAGCAUUCUUGUUUCUCUCAAAGAAAUAGCGCUGGUCAUAGUUCUGAAAAACACGUAGCCUUUCGGCAGUCCAGUAUUGAUGAAAGUCCACAGUCCAUAAGAAGCCCUCUUCAGCGGCAGAGAAGGAUCGUCUGCUAUGAUGAUGACGAUGCCAGUGAAGAGGAUGAUUUUGUCAAAAAAGAGGAGAGCCAUUUCUGCGAUACUAAAAAGAAGAACGGUGAUGAGGAUUCUGGCAUUGUUAUGACAACUCCUUCCCUAGAUGUCGAUGAAGAAGUCCCGCCCGAUGAACUGCCAAGAAGUAUUCUUGGGGAAGCCGGGACUUCUUUGUGCAGUAGCUCUGUGGAAUCUGAAGACAGCUCGGUGGAACAUAUAGUGGACUCACCAUUUAUUGCCAUUAAAUCUUUUGAAUAUACUACAAGGCCUGAAAAUCAUCCAAGUACUUUGGGAAUAAAAGAUCCCCAAGAAGGGCAAACUGAAAGCAAGAGGUCUCCCAAGCUAGAACACAAAGCUGUAACCCGAGUCAAGAGCAUGCUGAGUAAUGAAAAUCCUAAUGCUUCCAAGCAUAAAAACGAGGACAACAGGUCUUCUGCAAAGGCUUUGAAAACCACUCCGGUCGUGAAGAAAUCUGAAGGAGUGGAAAUUUUGGGACGAUGUAACACUGAGACUGUUGAGCUGCUCUGCAGUGAAUAUGAGUCGGUUGGGUUAGAUUUGGAGAUUAAACAAUCUCCUGUCAAAGUUAUAAUUACUGGCAUAAGACCACAAGGAGAAACGGGCAAGGAAUCUAUGGGAAAGUUGGCUCCUGGAGAUGAGAUCCUCUCAAUAAAUGGUAUCCAAGUCAGAGACAUGUCUUACCAGGAAACCUGUAAUUACGUCCAAUCUUUACCCUCAGCUGUAACUUUGGAGGUCCAAAAACCUGUGUCAGCUGUUGAUCGCUUGUCCCGCAUUAUCAUGACAUCAGGGUCAGAUACAACAAGGGAAGACCAUCUUGAGGAAACAUCAAUGGAGAAAGACCAUUGCAAUACUUCCCUUCACAAGUGUUGCUCUACUGAUAAUGAUUUGCCUUCAUCAACUUCUCCUGUACUGGACAAAAAAGGAGUACCCAUCCUUUGUUCUUCACCUGGUCAUUGUGGUGGUAGCCCUGUAACUAACAUUGAUGAUUUUAUAAGUGAGCUAGACCAGACAUGUAAUGUGGAGGUUAAGAGUUUUUCGGAACAAACAGUAUAUGCUAAAUCUGACUCGCCUGCUAAUAAAUUGUCAAGCAACAACACAACCUUUACCUACCAAGCUGUCGAUACUGCUGGUCCACUAGGGUUUUCCAUUUUGGACACUAUUCCUAUAGACAAUACAGUUGCCAUAAAUAAGAACAGCUUGAGUAGUUACUGUAGAAAUUUUAGCAACUUCACAACAGAGGACUUCUCGCUGUCUGAACAGUUUGAAAGUAGUUCCUUUGAACUCUCAAACUCAAUGUAUGGAACAGUGGAAGACUCUGACAGUGAGUCUUUACUGGAAAUCCCAUCAGAUUCUACAAGUGAUAUGAUUUCAUCCCUUCAGAACCAGUCUUUUGUAUCUGAAACACAGGCAACCACAGAUUCAGAGGAAGAGCCAAUAGAAAUAUGUUGUGCUAGCAAAAAGGAUGAUGUUGAAAUGCAUAAGGCUCCACAUGCUUACCAAUCUGAGCCAGUCAUUUGUGAACCCAGGCAGCUGAACUCUGGUUACUGUCUAGGUCCAAAAUGUGGAGAAACUUCUGGAAACAUGACCCCUUUUGAUGCUUCACAUAAGAAAUAUGCUCAGGAACCUCUUGAAAAAGUUGAUUUAAAUGUGGAAGACUAUUUAAAAGAAGGUCCACCAAUGCUUACAUGUGAUCCUACAGAAGUCAGACCAUCUCUCUGUGUUGAUAUUUAUAACAUGGACAUUAACGCCACAAGUCAGGUAAAUGCUGAAGAUCAAGCAGAUAUUCUAUCUAGUCAAACCAAUUGUGGUAAAGGAUUAUUGUUUAAUGUGAAUUCUGAUGUAAGGACUAGAAUCUGUUCCAAGGAACCACAUGGUGCCAUACAGUCUCCAGUAAGAACUAAAAGUCACCAAACCUCAACAUCAGAUGAGAAAAAUGGACUUUCAAAAACAGAAACCAAAACUGUAAAAAGUUCCACAACAAAAACCUCUGUUGUGGAAAGAUCCAAGGUAAAUGGAAUUGGCUCAAAGCUACAAGAUGGUAAGAGGGUGUUGAACAGUAACCCAGACGUUCUCAGUACUCAGAUGCCUAAGCCAGGGCCAAAGUUAAAGGGGCUUUCUAUAAAGAGUAAAAAUAGGCCCAAUGCUGAUGUUGCUAAAUCAUUUAUUAAUAAAACGGAAAGCUGGGACUAUAGAAAAUCCACUACACAGCUUUCUCCUAAACUUCUACCCAAGAGACCCACCACAAUGGAUGGGCCACCUUCUCCCAAAGAUUUGAGCAACAGAAGAGCUGCAAAUAAAUCUAUACUGCCCCAAGCUAAGGUCGAUCCCAUUUCAGUGGUUAGUUCCAAGUCAAGCCUUGGUAGCAAUAAGAAAUUGCCAACCAAUGGAACAACAAAAAGUCCAGAAGAAAGCAAUCAAGAGAUCGAAUCAUCUGUAGAUAUGGAUGAAAGCUUUGACACUGGAGACAAAGUUGCAUGCCAUCAGACGACCACAGACAAUGACAAGUGCUUUAGCACCAAAAGUGAUAUUGAUGGCAAACAAAAAGGAGACUUAAGCAGAGGUUCUAUAAGCAACACCGUGCCUAAAAAUGAAACCCACAGUUUGGCUUUGCUCCAUAAUCAUGAAGAGCAAAUGGACAAUAAUGAUGUUAGACGUACAUUCAUGGAAGUAAAAUUGUCUCCUUCUCUUUCGUCUAUAAACACACACUUAAGAAAUGAAAGCAGAAGUAAAACAGACUAUACCAUAUAUGACAGCUUUGCUAUUGUUUACAAAUCCCCAAAGCUCAAAGAAGAUGUCCCCCUUGUAGAGAAGCCACCUAGUGGAUCUAAGACGGUGACGAGGACUUAUUCGAUGCCAACUCAUCUUCAAAAUGCUGCAAACAAUGAUGUCCAUCAUAGAAAAGUUAUUUCUUUGGAAGAUCCAAUCAGUUUGCCAGUAUCAUAUCAAAGCAUAUAUGACUACAGUAGUGAAGAUCUUUCCAAAACAAAUGACGAUAGUCUACUUGUUAAUGAAAGGGUCUCUGUAAGGAAUGAUGUACCAAGGUCUGUUAAAAGGAAUUAUUAUUAUGAAUUCAACUGGCCUCAUGAAACUUUAUCUUCUCUGACUGUAAAGCAGAGGAUUAAGUCAUUUGAGAAUCUAGUAAACUUUGACAAAAGUGUCAUGAAGAUCAUUGAAAUAAAUAACACUCCUUUUUCUUGUAAACCUCCAUUAACUCGGAGAUCUUCAGGUUCAAUACCCUUGCAUACGCAGUCCAUUGAGGAUGCAAAGGUGUUAAGGCGCAGCUUGAGCUCCUGUUGUGAUAACCAAAGUGAAGUGUCCUUAGCAACAGACAUGGCAAAAUCUUCCUCGAGUAUGGCCUUAACAUACACUGAAAAGCUCCCAGUAGACUCUGUAAAGGAUAUUUCAGACCAUGAGUCGACUAGGACUGAGAAAGAAGAGAAUUCUGUACAUGGGGUCCAGGUCAGAAAAAGCAGGAUGACGCCAAGCCACAUAAGGCCAUCUUUAUCCCGUUCCAAAUUACGAGAAUUGAGAGCCCUAAGCAUGCCGGAUCUUGAUAAACUUUGCACUGAGGAUUUCUCUAUAGAGUCUAAAGCACCACAGUAUAAAACCGAACUGGAGAUUACACCCAGAAGGAUUCCAGGAGCCGACAAUGUAUCUUCUCUAAAUGGCACUCGUUUGAGCUCUAAAGACAAUGGUGUAUCUGGGUUAGCAUAUGAUGGAGAUGGGUCACAAGAUGGAGAACUUGUCAGAAAGUCAUGGUCAGUAAGCUUGGACCAACUUAGCGUCUCCACCAGGGACCAGCAAAAGCUGCAGGCUGUUUUGACUUCUGUGGCAUCCAAAUCAGAUAUCAUUACACUGAUUCAGGAAGCAAAAGCACAAGUGGAGCGGAAAGAAGAUGUGUAUUUUGUAGUACUGAAUAAAGAAGAGGGAGCCGGUCUGGGCUUCAGCAUUGCCGGAGGAGUGGACCUGGAACUGAAACCCGUCACUGUGCACAGAGUUUUCUCAAAAGCGGCCUCGCCACAAGACGUCGCGGUGGAGAGAGGGGACCGCAUACUGUCCAUCAACGGCUGCUCUAUGCACGGGGUGCCCCACGGCGACGCUCUGAGCGCUCUGCACAAAGCCAAGCUACACAGAGAAGCCGUCAUCGUCAUCCGAAAGGAAAGCGACAGGGAGAAGGCAAGCCGGACAGAUUCUUCCAUUACGACGGGAGGAAGACACUCCACAUCUGGAAGAGAUGUCUCCAUGGCUACAGGACCAGCACACUUGGAUUUGCGGGACGCCGUGUGUGUGGAACUUCACAAGACAUCUGCCGGGCUGGGCUUCAGUCUGGAUGGUGGGAAGGCUUCUAUAUACGGCGACCGGCCUCUCUUCAUCAAAAGGAUCUUUAAAGGUGGCGCUGCUGAGCAAGCAAGAAGAAUAGAAGUGGGAGAUGAAAUCAUUUCAAUUGGUGGAAAAACCUUGAUUGGCCUCAUGCACUAUGAUGCCUGGAAUAUCAUUAAGUCUGUUCCAGAGGGACCUGUGCAGUUGUUGAUCAGGAAGCACAGGACUGCAGUAUGAGGAUCAGUCCUCAGUGUUUCCGAUCAUGUAUCUGAUAUACAGUCUCUUUCUGGCUCUAUCCAUAGAGGAGCAUGGCCUAACUGUACAGGACUGAGCUAUUGAGGUCUGUGAUAUGACCACCCAACAUAGCUGUGGUGCCAUGGAAGAACAUGUGAUACAGUAUGCAGUGAGAAGAUGACAUGAGCCAGAAUUUUUUUUUUAUAUUUAACUACAUCAAUCUUUGCAUUACAUAACGUUUGGUGCUGUGCAGUGCCAACCAUCAAUAUUGGGUUUACUAAGUUGAUGAGUAGACUUUAAAAAGUACCUACCAAG